AUGCCCGGGAUUUGCUUUGUUUGCGACUUGCAACUCGCGAGUGGCAGGUUUCUCGAGCACGUCACCAUACUAUUCUGGUAUGGACGCCGAUCCAUCUGGCCCAAUCAUGAUGGUUUGCUGCUCGGGUUCGGAGCAAUUCCUACUUGCCCAACCGCCCCCGAGAAGCCCGUCGGAUGGGAGUUCCACCUCAUUCAUUUCAAUUGCAACUACCUUGGCUGCCACGGCGAGACCGCAGAUUCCCUGCUGACGUUGUGGUUCCCCGUGGCACGCCAGCCCGUUGUGCAUGUCCAGCACCGGUACCUACAGCAAAUGCCCAGAGAAAAGCACCCUGGCCAAGCGAGGCGUAUGCAGGCUAACUAG